CCGCCCGGCCCGGCCCUGCGCCCUCGCGCUGCCGCGCUGCCUCCGCUCCUGCGCGGCCGCACGGCUUGGCCAUCUGGCUUUAGGUUCUCCGUGAGGCCGUUUUCUUUGCUCGUUCGCUCAUCCGCCAGGAAAAGAGACUCGCGGUUGGCGCUUCGGCCUCCAGUUCAUUGAGAAAAAAGGGGAAAUACUCCGCGUGCGCUUCCAGAAGGGGGGUCGCCCCCAGCUCCAACCCCGGAGUGUUCAUCGGCUAGGGACUUGGUUCCGGAUUUUACUCUCCUUUUUUUCUCCUAUCGCUUGCUCGGAAGUUGGGCUGAAGCAGAGUUUGGAAAGGAGGGAAAAGUUUGCAUCGGUGGAUUUAUUUGCACAUCGCAGGAAAAAAGAGAAUCCAACGGAGAGGGGUUGGUGCAAAGCCGCGAUUACGGAAUUCAGAUGUGUUCUAUGCCUGCUGGAGUGACCACAUUUUCAAGACCUGAUGGAGGCCAGAGCUCAGAGUGGCAGUGGGUCACAGCCCUUGCUGCAGGCACCGCGUGACGGUGGCAGACAGCGUGGGGAGUCCGACCCCAGAGAUGCCCUCACCCAGCAGGUACACGUGUUGUCUCUGGAUCAGAUCAGAGCCAUCCGAAACACCAAUGAGUACACAGAGGGGCCUACCGUGGUCCCAAGAUCUGGGCUCAAGCCGGCUCCUCGCCCCUCCACUCAGCACAAACAGGAGAGACUCCACGGUCUGCCUGAGCAUCGCCAGCCUCCCAGGCUCCAGCACUCCCAGGUCCAUUCUUCUGCACGAGCCCCUCUGUCCAGGUCCAUCAGCACAGUCAGCUCGGGGUCUCGGAGCAGUACGAGGACAAGUACCAGCAGCAGUUCCUCUGAACAUAGACUGUUGGGACCGUCCUUGUCCUCGGGACCCGUUGCUGAUGGGAUCAUCCGCGUGCAGCCCAAAUCUGAGCUCAAGCCAGGUGAGCUGAAGCCCCUGAGCAAGGACGACUUGGGCCUGCACGCCUACAGGUGCGAGGACUGUGGCAAGUGCAAGUGCAAGGAGUGCACCUACCCUCGGCCCCUGCCCUCCGACUGGAUCUGCGACAAGCAGUUCCUUUGCUCUGCUCAGAACGUGAUUGACUAUGGGACUUGCGUGUGCUGUGUGAAAGGGCUUUUCUAUCACUGUUCUAAUGAUGACGAGGACAACUGUGCUGACAACCCAUGUUCUUGCAGCCAGUCUCACUGUUGCACACGUUGGUCGGCCAUGGGCGUCAUGUCCCUCUUUUUGCCUUGUUUAUGGUGUUACCUUCCAGCCAAGGGUUGCCUUAAAUUGUGCCAGGGGUGUUAUGACCGAGUUAACAGGCCUGGAUGCCGUUGUAAAAACUCAAACACAGUUUGCUGCAAAGUUCCCACUGUCCCACCCAGGAACUUUGACAAACCAACAUAGCAUCACUAAUCAGGAAUAUUACAGUAAUAAAGAUUGUUCCCCUUUGUUUUUAACACACAUAUGCAACCAACUAAACAGUUAUAAUCUUCGCACUGUUAAAAUAGAGGGUUGGGAUAUUCUUUGCUGUUUGCAGUAAAAUGCUUGUUGUCCA